AAUAAACAACACUUCCUCCUUGCAUCUUGGAUCUGUUUUUGGUUUGAGAUAUAGAGAGUUUACCCUCUUUUGCUGGCUCGUAGCAGGCACAACCCCACCGGGCCCCUCUGUUUCGCCUUGCAGAGCAUGCAGCGUUGCAUGCUCAAGGCGGGGGCUGUGUCCGAGCACGCUUUCACGGGCCUUGCUGUGGCUCUUCGCCUGCAAAUAGAUUGCCUCCUUUGCCAGAUGACUUGCGCGACGCCCAGUUCACAGUUGAUCGGUUGAUUACGCUGUCACACGUGCCCGUGCGUCAGGCAAAGCAACUGCCUGCUGGAGUAAAUGUUUUCAGGUGAGACCUUGUUCUGUUCCAUGAUGUACUGCCAGUUUACCAGAUGGGGGGAGGAGGGUCGACGCCCGCUGCGGACCCUCUUCGUUUUGUGCGUUUUGCUGGCUUUUUGCGGUGUCACAACCCACAUCGCGUCGGCGGCACGUGCUGACGUAGACCCUGUGUCUGCGACGGAGGCCGUCGUCGCCGAAGUUGAGGAAGCAAGCCGGCAAGACGAAGCGGCGGAAAACCGCGAUGAAUCAUUGGAGGAUGCCGUGUCGAGUCCGGACGCUCUGGCGACUGCGUUGAUGCAACGGAUCCAGGAGCUAUACCAAGAAAGCUUCCGGCUGCUAGCCUCCGCAAAGGCUGACGCCACCGCGUUCAAAGAGGAACUGGCAGCCCAUCUGGAAAACAUCAAACAGGGCGGCUUGCCCACCGACCCGGCGCAGUUCCGCAGCCUUGGUGGCAUGCAGCUGUCGUGGAUGGAGGCAGACAAAUCCCGCAAAGAAGCUAGCGUUGCCAUGGAGAAGCUGGCGGUUGUUCUGGGGCAACUUAAAGCGGUUGCAGACGAAGUGGGAACGACGCUGAAAGGGUCCGUCGAACAGGCGGUACGGCAGGGGCAGAAGCUGUAUGGAAGUCUUUUGAGCACCUUGAUGAAGGACGAAAAACAAAGUACGAAGGACCAGGGCAUCCAGAUUGAGCUGAGAAAAGGCUCGAUUUGAGUAUUGUUCGAUAUGAGAAUAAGCAGCAAUCGCCUUGUUAUAAGGACCUGAAGACGCGCAUGCAUUGAGCAGGCGCCUCUAAGCUUUCCACAUGCUUCUGUAGCGAAAGGCGACAGCGUUUAUAUUACAUCGUUUUCGAUAUGUUAUGGUCUGCUCGACGCGCUUAACUGGAGGUAGACUCCGUCGCCGUACGAACGACAGCCGAAGGCAGAUGCUGCCAAGUACUGGGUGCGUUCGUACGGCUCUCCGACCUAACAGACUGUGGUGGUUUUCGCCUGCCGGGAUACGUCGCUGGGAGACGAUACAUACCGCCUUUAGAGUUGCUCCUUUCCGCUGAGAUGCAAUGGGGAGAGAGCUGUGAUGCCAUACGACAUUUCAGACACACGACGAGCGGUUCAAAGACGCACCUUUCUACUGUCCUUUUGUGGACGGCAGUUGGACGUCGUCGAUUAGAUGACAGUCUCCCUGCUGGUGCAGGUGUAAACAAUGCCGACAAACGAGGGGUGUGGGAAGCAUGGCGGGGUGUCGUGCAAUGCAAGCACGGCUGUCACGCACAAAAAGCCAUGUGCUCGGCGGUCAACUUGGCGUGGGUUCUUUCGAUUCCAGGUCAGGGCAUUUCUGCUACACCCAGUUCCUUAUGUUUAAAUAUAGCCCAUGUAAAUAUAGCGGUCUUGACUUGUCAAUUGUUAUAUAAUACCUUGCUACUCAAAGGUAGGGGACAAUUGUUCCCGUGUUCCCGACUACUGACUGAAAUGAACUGAAGCUACUGACUGAAGUG